UUUACCAUCUCGGUCAUCUGUUAAGCAGGUCUUGCAAGUCAAUGAUUAUCGAUUGCAGCAAAUAUCUGAAGUGCGCUCAGGCUAAAAGGGUUAAUCAGUCACAAGAGGAGGACAUAUUCGUGCUGCUUAAAAUGUUAACUUUUUCGGCCAGAGUUGUGUUACAGUGUGUGAAAGAUGCGGCUAUUGCUGCAAAACAAUCUCAGGUGUUGCGUCCCGUCGGAGUCACACAAAGUUCCGCGCGGUUCUAUUACAACAACCCGAAACGACCAAAUGUCGACCCGGCCGGGGCAUCACAUGUACGGACUGUGGACCUUCGCAGCGAUACUGUCACCAAGCCCGGACCUGCUAUGCGGCAGGCAAUGGCGCUCGCGGAGGUGGGAGACGACGUGAUGGGCGAGGAUCCUACUGUUAACGAGUUACAGGAGAUGGCAGCAGAGAUGUUUGGGAUGGAAGCAGCUCUGUUUGUCCCCUCUGGCACUAUGGGGAAUUUGAUCGCAGUGAUGGUGCACUGCAGAGAGAGGGGAGACGAGGUGAUAGUCGGGGAUCUGUCCCACUUGCAUGUCUACGAGCAAGGCGGGAGUGCACAGUUGGCUGGUGUCCACUCCAGAACGCUGACCAACCUCCCAGAUGGAACGUUUGACCUGGACCAGCUGGUCUCCAAGAUUCGCCAUGGUUACCCCGACCCGCACUUCCCACGCACACGCCUGAUAUGCCUGGAGAACACUCACAACAUACAGGGAGGCCGCGUUCUGCCUCUUGCCUUCCUAAAAGAGGUGCGCUCGGUCGCAGACGAGCACGGCCUGCCGGUGCACAUGGACGGGGCGCGCCUGAUGAACGCUGCUGUGCACCUCGGGGUGUCCCCCGCUACCAUACUGCAACACACACACACCGUCAGUGUGUGCAUGUCCAAGGGUCUGGGAGCCCCUAUUGGCAGCAUCCUGGCCGGCCCCCAAGACUUCAUCUCCAGGGCCGUGCGAUGUCGGAAGGCCUUGGGAGGAGGCAUGCGUCAGGCAGGGAUCAUUGCGGCCGCAGGCAAGCUGGCCCUGACAGAGAUGGUGGACAGGAUGGAGGAAGACCACCGCAACGUUAAGACCUUCGCUCAAGCUCUAUUGGACUGCGAGCCUUCACUCUUCACUCUAGACCUAGCGGCCGUGGAGACGAACAUCCUGCGUUUCCAUUUGGGCGAUCCUGGCCUCAGCCAAUCAGACUUCUGCGAGCGCAUGGCCCAGGUCGGGGAGGAGGAGGAGGCCUCACUUGGGCAGGGGGUUCAGGUUCUCAUGUACCCCCACGUGGGUGGCUCUGUGCGGGCUGUGUGGCAUCUGGGCAUCUCCCAAGAAGACACCCAAAUGGCCAUCCGCAAACUACAGCUUGUGGCCAAGCAACUUCAGCAGAGCAGAGUCAAGUGAUGACGGCAGAUCUUGAAUCUGUGUAAUUAACUGGUUGAAAAGAAGGGUAACUUGCUUUUCUAGCACAUAUUUUAAUAAAAAGGUAAAAUAUCUAAAUAUUUUUUAGGAAAUCAUUGCUGCUUGUAAUUUGCUGGUUAAUUUUAUACGGGAAUAAAUGUGCGAUUAAUUGUU